AUGAACAGCAGCCAUCUAUUUCAACCAAAUCGAGCUCUUGGCUAUGUCAGCAACCAUAUUCCACCGAACGUGCGUUACAUUGAUCAGAGACGUGAGAAUGUCGUUAUUACAUGCGUAGGACGUUCGUUUCAUGUAUACGGAUGCAAUAACUUCCGACUUAUACGCACCGGUCGAAUCCAUCCUGCGGACAUCACUGCAAUAGCGGCGGAUGGGUUCAUAACCUAUGUUGCAGCUGGCAACCUGAUCUACGGAUGGCGAUCGAGUGUGGAACUGCGAAAGGUGUAUCGUGGACAUGAGAAGCCUGUACAUUUGCUGUUACCCUUCGCAAAACAUCUAAUUUCUAUAGAUGAGAGCAGCCUCCUGAAGAUAUGGAUUGUGUCAACGCAGGAGUUAUAUCUGGAAAUCCCGUUCGCAAAGGACGAGUUCGAAAUAUCGGCAAUCGUACAUCCAGCAUCAUACAAAAAUAAAAUUCUGCUCGGCAGCACCCAGGGUGGAUUGCAGUUGUGGAACUUGAAAUCAUGCAAACAGGUACACACGUUUGCUGGUUUCGACAGCAAAGUGUUGCAACUGGAGCAAGCUCCCGCGAUUGAUGUUAUCGCCGUUGGACUACAGAGCGGAAAGAUCGUAUUGCUAAAUAUUCAGUAUGAAGAGGUGGUAAUCGAAGUGCAUCAGGAUUGGGGACCAGUGACUGCGAUAAGCUUUCGGACGGAUGGUACCUCCAUCAUGGCCACUGCCAGCUCGAACGGGCAGGUUGUGUUUUGGGAUUUGGAAGAAAGGUCUAUCUUGUCGACACUUAUGGCACACGAUGAUUCCGUUACCGGACUUCAAUUUCUACCAAACGAACCAUUGUUGAUUACGAGCUCCCCGGACAAUUCAUUGAAAAUGUGGAUAUUUGAUCUAUCUGAUGGCGGGGCUCGUUUAUUGCGUUUCCGCGAAGGACAUGCUGCUUCUCCUACGUGCAUCCGUUAUCAUGGCGCAUCGGGCCGAAAUAUAGUAUCGUCGGGGGAGGAUUCUUCUCUGAGAAUUUUCAGUACUGUAACUGAAACUUUAAACUGCAGCUUGGGAAAGGCUAGCUAUAACCGAAAGGCUUCUAAAAAGCAAAAGAAAAAAUCCGAAGAUCCUUUCCGCAUGCCACCGAUUAGCUACUUCACGACGGAAAUAACCCGUGAUAAAGAGUGGGAUAGCAUAGCUGCGCUUCAUCAAGGAUUGGUUCAGGUGACCACAUGGUCAUAUGAUAAACGGCGCAUGGGUGAUCUUCAUCUCGUACCGGAAGCCUUUCAGAACAAACAGCAAAAUAAGGAUAUCACCAUAACGGCCAGCUGUCUGUGUUUAAGUCACUGUGGAAACUUUGUCACUAUCGGGUAUUCUAGCGGGCAUGUGGAACGUUUUAACAUUCAAAGUGGCAUUCAUCGUGCCAGUUACGGUUCCCCGAGCGCUCACAAGCACUACAUACGUGGCCUAUCGAGUGAUAAUUUAAAUCAGAUCAUCGUUUCCGGUGCAGCGGAUGGACAGCUAAAGUUUUGGAAGUUUAAACAACCAAACUCGACGGUUAUAAAAACCCCAAUUGAUACGAUUGAUUUAGAAGACUCGAUAACGUUGAUUCGUACGCACCGUGAAAGUGCUAUGGUUUGUAUCGCUUUGGAUGAUUUCUCUGUAAUAUUGGUGGAUUUAGAUACGCGUGUAAUUGUGCGUCGCUUCGAGGGUCACCGUGGUACCGUCAUAGAUGCGUGUUUCUCACCCGACAGUCGCUGGCUAAUUACGACAGCCCAGGACUGCGUAGUAAAGGUAUGGGAUAUACCUUCAUCCUAUUUAAUUGACCAUUUCCGUGUAUCGCACAUGUGCACUUCGCUCACGAUGUCACCGACAGGUGAUUUUCUUGCAACAGCUCACGUUGACUACCGUGGUAUAAAUCUAUGGGCUAACAAAAGCCUCUUCACGAACGUUACGCUGCGUGGUUUGAAGCCAGAAUCCGAGGCCCCGCUGCUGGAUCUACCAACUGCGAUAUGCGAUGAGCAACAGAAUGGCAUAGGACUCCCAUCGGCUAGCCCGAAACGUAUGGAAAUCGAAGAGCUGGAGGAUGCAUUCGAAGAAAUCAAUCUCGAGUACACCUCACCACCCCAACUGUCUAGUGAGUUGAUCACCAUGUCCAAGGUGGCUCUUUCUCGGUGGCAAAAUUUGUUGAAUUUGGACAUCAUCAAAAAACGUAACCGACCACGGCAAGCUUUGAAAAAGCCGAAAUCUGCUCCAUUCUUCCUGCCGACCGUUGCGGGUCUUGAUUUCGAAUUCAAUUUGCAAGCUGAGCUGGGAGAUAAAUCGCCUGCGGUAGGUGACAAAGUUGGCGAAGGAGAAUCACGCAUUAUCGACAUCAAACAGGUAGAUCAGCUCACUCCCUUCGGAAAGCUGUUGAACGCAGCGGUCAUAACGGAAGAGUACGAUAAAGCGAUCGACUAUCUAAUGAAGCUCGGACCUUCGAUGAUUGACCAUGAAAUUAGGAAUUUAACUCCGUUUAAUAGUGGCAGCGGAAGCCUUCCAGUGAUGGGCGCUUUCAUGCACAUGAUUAUCUACAUGUUCGGCCAACGGAAGGAAUUUGAGCUGGCGCAAAGCUAUCUCAGCCUAUUCCUAAAGCUGCAUGGUCGAGCGGUGGUGGAAAACGAACAGCUAAGCCAACUGUUACCGGCGAUCGAAGGGGCACAGAAAAUGGGAUGGUCAGUGUUGGAAAGUAAACUGCUCUACGGCUUAGGUGUGGUAAGUAAUUUGCGAAAUUACAGCGGUUAG